CACCCACACACACACCCCAUGUGACUCUGUCUUUAAAAGCAGGAACCAGGAAGCAGCUCUUCAGAGGAGGUUCAGCUCAGGAGCCACGAUGACUUCCACCAUCAGAGGCCUGACGUUGGGGAGCCUGCUGCUCGUCUCCUUGUGCUUGGAGCCUGCAGCCAUGUCCGAUAGCGGACUGGAUGUCCACUGGGACAUGUGGAAGAAGACGCACAACAAGCAGUACCAAACUGAGGUGGAGGAGGUGUUCCGCCGGGAGGUGUGGGAGAAGAACCUGAAGGUUAUUACCAAGCACAACCUGGAGGCCUCGAUGGGCAUGAAAACCUUCGAACUGGGGAUGAACCACAUGGGAGACCUGACUGAGGAGGAGUACAGCCGGUUUUUGGGUCUGCGCCUUCCUUCCCGUGACCUCCAGAGGGCGCCAUCAUCCUUCGUGGAUACCUCAGCUUUACCAGACAGUGUGGACUGGAGGCAGAAGGGCCUGGUCAGCAGUGUGAAGAUGCAGGGUUCCUGCGGCUCCUGCUGGGCCUUCAGCGCUGCAGGGGCCCUCGAGGGCCUGCUGGCCAAGACGACGGGGAAGCUGGUGGACCUCAGUCCCCAGAACCUGGUGGACUGCUCCACCAAGUACGGCAACCACGGCUGCAGGGGGGGCCUCAUGGGGCACGCCUUCCAGUACGUCAUCGAUAACCAGGGCAUCGACUCGGACGCGUCCUACCCCUAUGUGGGGGAGGAGCAGCCGUGUCACUACGACCCGGCCCACAGGGCUGCCAACUGCUCCAGAUACGUGACCCUGCCUGAAGGGGACGAAGCGGCUCUGCAGCAGGCGCUGGCCACGGUCGGACCCGUCUCGGUCGCCAUCGACGCCUCCCGGCCGGAGUUCAUGCUCUACAAGAGCGGAGUGUACAUUGACCCCAGCUGCAAGGAGGAGGUGAACCACGGCGUGUUGGCUGUGGGCUACGGCACUCUGAACGGACAGGACUACUGGCUGAUCAAGAACAGUUGGGGGACGACCUUCGGCGAGGGCGGCUACGUGCGGAUGGCUCGGAACAGAGGCGACCAGUGUGGCAUCGCCCAGUACUGCGUCUUCCCCGUAUAGACCUACCUCCACCUGCUGCGACACACACACCGCCGCCGCCAGGAGACUCUACAACUCCUGAAAUACUAAAACCUGCGUUUGGGUGAUUUUUAUAAACACGGGUUGAACAGGAUUUCUAGUUUUCUCUCUGAAUUAGAUGAUCCUAUGUGAUGGCUGGCGUUAGAUUGAGUGUGAUUUUGGUUCUGUCAUGGAGAGAAAUGUUCACUCCUAAACUGGAAGUACUAUCUUGAUACAAUAAUCUAUCUCAAUUGUUCUAUUUUUACUCAUCUUAUGACGAUUCUGGACAUUUCCAAGCUUUCUGUUUUAAAACAUGUAGCAGAAAAAGUCAUUUUACUACAGAUUAUUUAAUUUUUUUUGUCAUUGAUGUACUUUAAUUAAAUCGACACAUUUUAAUGCUCGGUAUCGAUACAGACUGUCGUGUCUUGAAGUGGAUUCAUUCAACAUAGCGCCGCAAUAUUUGUGGUUUCAUUACAAAAACAACCAACAGCUCAACUAGUGGCCCAACAUGCAAACCACAACUACAUCUUCAGCAUUUCUGCUUUUGUAAACAUGAAUGUUUUCAGACACAGAAAUGCAAUAAUGAUGAGUUUUCACUUUAAAUGGUUCCUUAACUAAACGUCAAGCAGCCACUGGUCACGAGACCGUUUGCUUUGGAUCACGGUCGACACUCGGGUGACAGAAAGGUGCACAUUUCCUCUCAACAUUUUAAUACUGUUUGAAUAAAGCAAAUGUGUUGCAUUUAAUAUUACUUUAAAUCAAAAUCUUCCUAUUCAUUUGCAAGACAUACUGCAUAGAUAUUCAUUAAGUACAGACAAACCACUGAGUGCACAGAUAUAGGUCAACAUCUAACACAAAGAAAUGGAGGGGUUGUAUUCUAAUCAACCAUUAAACACCAGAAUGAAAUAAAGAUUAAGUAAAAAAAAUGAAAAGACCUAAAGCAUCAAAUGUAAAAUAGAAAAAAGAAAUAAUAUUAUUUUAAAAUAUUUUUCCCAAUGAAAAGCAAAGGUUUUUGCUGAAAUAUGUUUUGCCUGGUGUUUAACAGUUGAGUCUUCUUCUGCUGUAUGUAUUGGUAGAUUGGAGGGACCAGGUCGAUCUCAGGUAGAUUGAAAUCACCUGUGAGCUGAUCUGAGCUCUGCCUGAUCAGCUGGUCAGUCAGGAGGCAGGUGAUAAGAGCAGCAGCUCAGAAAGCUUGUUUUGUCUUUGCAGAGUGCCACGAGGAGAGACCCCAUUUACUCAAAGUUUCAAGUAAAAAUGUGUUUUCGAUGUCAGGAAGAUUGAAAUGAAUGUCCUGAGCAGGCCAGGCCCAGAGCCGGUGCUGCUGGUUGCAGAGAAAAGUUUCAUAUUAUGUAUAAACAUAGCAUUUUAUCCAUGUUUUACUGGUUGAAGUGAACCCUUGCCAGAGAGAAAUCAUUUUUAUUUUGGAAAAUCUGAUUUAUUUUAUGUCAAUAUUCAGCACUCAAUGCAAGGUUUGUCAUUUAUAGCGACUGACAAAAUGUGGUAAAAUCAUGGUUUUUUUUUUUAAUUAAAAACAAUUUUUUUUUGGGGGGGGGGAACCUUAACCUUAACAAAUGCUGCACCAAACAAGAAGUGAAUCAUUAACGGAAUAAUUGUAUAUUGUUCUGCAUAAAUAUAUAAUUGUAUCCUUAUUUUUAAUUGUUAAAAUACUCAUCAGAAAUAAGCAAUUUUGAUUUCAUUAAAACUCUAAAUAACCACUAAUGUUCACAUCUAUGUUAAAUAUUCAGCACUGGAUAAGGGAGAAAGUGACUCCAUAAUCUUAAGCAGGAAGAGAGCCAGUCUAAAAUCAAUGACUGGUCAGUGUUUCAGUACAAUGCGGCUGCUGGUUUCAGGUUUGGAUGUUAAACUCGCCAUAAAAACUGUCUGAAAGGAUCCCAUUGACUCUUUGGGAAAUUGGCUUGUUGGUCAAUUUAGCUUCUCCAUGUUAGGACAGAAGUGAGGCUAAAAAUCAAUACGAGUGUCUCUGGUAAAUAUCCUGUGAACAUGCUGAUGUGAAGCCACACCGCUGUCUGUAACACGGUCAGAAAAAAAGCUUCAGGCGGUUUGUUUUUAACUGCUCCAUUCAUAAAACAUCAAGUUUUUCAUAUAAAUUCAAAUCAAUUUAAAAGAAGUGCUGACUCUCAGCUGCUUGCUUUCUUUCUGAUUAUCUUUACAUAGUUUUUUUUAGCAUGCAUGUAAUUAACUCAUUCAGUGCUGUGCAUGUUAGCAUGAUGCUAAUUGAGACCCUGUUUACAUGAACCCUCAAAUUAGAAGGCAUCGAGUUUGAUUUCAUGCCAGAAGAGUUUGACGCUCACAUGGCAAUGCUUUGAAACCGCUGUCUGAUAACAUCAAAACGCUGGAAACAAUGCAGUCAGCAAAAAGUGUUGACAAAAAAUAUUGUUAGCAUGCCAGGGCACGAGGUGGCGCUGAUGGUUGCUUUUGUAACAAAACCACGCAGAGUGAACAAUACACAAUAAACAUGAACAAUGGGAGAACGUGGACAUUUGUAAGGACAGAUGACCAAGAUGCAUUGCUAUUAUGACCAUCAACUCUAAAACUACCACAUCCGGCAGAAUCUGGACGGGAGUCGUGACUCUCUGGAGGCCGCUAUGUUUGUUUGUUGUCCUUCUACUCAUGUGCAGAAGGAUUAUUUCCUGAGGCCAUGGUGCGCACGUGCAGUGCUUUGUUUCCAAAAAACUGCUUUUCCCUGUUUCCAUGGUGACAGAGUCAGAACCUUUUUUCAAAAAGUCCCACCAUGGGAGCCAUUUUCAGAAAGCUGCAUUUUGUGGCUCUGAGCUCCCAGAUGUAGCAGAGGUUUUGCGUUUUGGCUUGAAAGCCUCGUCAUGUUUCACUUUGGCUUGUGUGACUCACUGCCGGAGCAGCUGGACAACAAUUUAGAGAAAAUUCAGCCAUGAGUUAGACUAAGAGUCACAGCAAUGUUUAAAAAAAAAAAAAAAAAAAAAAA